ACCGCCGACUCGUCUUCCUCACCUGAGCUCCGCUAAUGGCGGCCAGCAUUUGAAUCACUUGUGGAAUGACAGCACACGUCGCGCUCCCCCAAAUAUGUUCGCCGUUUUUUGAACCCGUCACGUCGCGUGCUGAGCCUGCUUGAAUUGGAACACGGUCGCCGCAUCCUCUAUUCCCUCCUCGAAUCCGAAUAUGGACCGCAGUGGCAGGACUUGAGACCUGUCUUUCUUUUUUGGGGGGGUCUUCACCUGCGGGGAAGAGGAGAGCCAUGGUCCGCCCGCUGGUUCUAAUCCACUCGGCGGUCCUGUUGCUCAUUGGGAGCGGCGUGUUCCUGGUGGGAGCAAAUCGACCACCGGCUCCUGUCAAUGUGUCCGUCAUGCAUCUUCGUUCGGACUCGGCGACCGUUUCCUGGGAGGUCCCGGAGGGAGAUAUCAUAAUCGGCUUCUCGGUCUUACAGCAAAAGCAGGACGGACACAUGCAGCGGUUCAUCCGGGAGGUCAACACCACCAGUCGAUCUUGCGUUCUUUGGGAUCUGGAGGAGGAGACGGACUAUGUUAUCCAGGUGCAGUCCAUCGGGCUCUACGGAGAAAGCCAAGCUAGCAAGAAGGUCCAUUUUCGUACUCUAAAGAAGACUGAUCGCUUCCCUUCAAACAGUUCUAAUCAAGAUGACCCAACGGUGGAAGGCCUGGAGAAGUCCCGACAUCUGCAGACAGGCGAGGUCAUCAUAAUAGUGGUGGUUUUGCUCAUGUGGGCAGCGGUCAUCGCCCUGUUCUGCCGCCAAUAUGACAUCAUCAAGGACAAUGACUCCAGCAACAAUAAGGAGAAGGUCAAGCCGUUGUCCGAGAGGAGCACGCCUGAGCAUCACAGUGGAGGGCUGCUCAGGAGCAAGUUUCACCCGUCCGUGCCGUCCAUCAACAUCAUCGAAGUGUGACGACGACCGCCUCUUCUUUAGGUACACUAGUGGCAAACGACGUCAUCAAACCCGUGUUAUGUGCAUGCAGAGAAUAGGUAGGAACACGCAAAGACGCCGCAAGCUAACAUGUUGCAAUACAACACACAAUCUCUGGGAGUGCAGUGACGGCACUGUAAAUCGUUUAAAAAUAACAAACAACGUCAUAUUUUCUUCACAUUUCACCCAUUUGUAAAUACAGAACUGUAUCCAUUUCCUCAAGACUUGCAUGCACGCCAUCUGCUGGUAUAGUUGCGAACUACAACAGGCAUCUUAAUUCAUUCUAACUUGUCAAUUUUCUUGCUAUUUGUUAUUAUUAUUAUUAUUAGCUCCAGUCCAGUGCCAAAUAAACCUUAUCAAUCUCUAAUUAGCUUCUUUUACUUUCCUGUCUUCAAUUUGAAAGUGUAUAUGACAUCCUCCCUGGUGACGGAGUUACCAUGGCAACAUGUGGCAGGUAGAUACGACAUGAGAGCUGAAUACAGCUGUAUGAAAAAGUAUCUGAACCUUUUGGAAU